AUGGAACUGGGCCCUGAGUCCCCGCGCCGCAGCCGCCGCCGCCUGCUCUUCGCCUGCAGCCCCCUGCCCGCGUCGCCGCCCGUCCUGAAGGCACACUUCGGCGGAGAGCCGGCCUCCGAGGGCCUGUUGCCCGUCACCGCCCUGACGGCCACCAUGGACCAGCUGCAGGGCCUGGGCAGUGUGGGUGAGCAGCCGCCCGAGGCAAACAACAACAGUCUCCAGAGAAUGGGCUCCUCCGAGUCAACAGAUUCAGGCGUCUGUCUGGAUUCUCCUGGGCCCUUGGUCGGUAAAGGAAACCUUGAAAAUCCCAUGAGGAGAAUACAUUUCCUGCCUCCGAAGCUUUUGGGAUGUAGUCCAGCUCUGAAGAGGAGCCAUUCCGAUCCCCUGGACCGUGAUGUCUUUCAGCUGAUGGGCCAGGAGGAGACUAAGGAAAACCUUUCCUCCGACAAAAGAGAGAGCAGCGAGCCAGAGAGCUUCGUUCCACUCUUCAUGCCCCAGUCACCCGUGACUGCCACUUUUUCUGAUGAAGAUGAUGGCUUCAUGGACCUUCUCGAUGGAGAGAAUCUGAAGAAUGAUGAGGAGACCUCCUCCCGCAUGGCAAGCCUCUGGACGUCUCCCCUUGUCAUGAGAACAACUGCAAACGUGGGCAACCGAUGCCAGCUGUUUGACUCCACUUCCCCGGGCAGCCCCGCCCUGCGCUCAGUGUUGAAGAGACCGGACCGAUCUCGAGAGCUGUCCCCACCUGGAAGCACGAAGCGGAGGAAGAUCGUGCUCAGGGCCAGUCCCAAGAAGCCCCGGGAGAUUCUGCAUCCAUCUCCAGCCUUGGUAUCCCCCGCAAAGGGGACCAUCGAGAAUAUUCCGGACAACGACCCCGGAGACCUCAUAGGGGACUUCUCCAAGGGUUAUCUCUUCCACACAGUCGCUGGGCAGCACCAGGACCUAAAGUACAUCUCUCCAGAAAUCAUGGCAUCUGUCUUGAAUGGCAAGUUUGCCAACCUCAUUGAAGAGUUUGUUAUCAUUGACUGCCGGUACCCAUACGAAUAUGAGGGCGGCCACAUCAAGGGCGCGGUGAACCUGCACAUGGAGGACGAGGUGGAAGACUUCCUGUUCAAGAAGCCCAUCUCCCCCGCCGACGGCAAGCGCGUCAUCGUGGUGUUCCACUGCGAGUUUUCCUCUGAGCGGGGCCCGCGCAUGUGCCGCUUCGUGCGAGAGAGAGAUCGGCUCAGCAACGAGUACCCCAGCCUCCACUACCCUGAGCUGUACAUCCUGAAGGGCGGGUACAAGGAGUUCUUCCUCAAAUGCCCGUCUCACUGUGAGCCCCCCAGCUACCGGCCCAUGCACCAUGAGGACUUUAAAGAAGACUUGAAGAAGUUUCGUACCAAGAGCCGGACCUGGGCUGGGGAAAAGAGCAAGAGAAAGAUGUACAGCCGCCUGAAGAAGCUCUGAGGCAGCGGCCGGUGGACAGCAGCGGC